UCAACUACUCGACCUAAACUCACUUUACGAUGGCAAUGCUUACCAACGCCGGUGACGGUCCGCUGCAGGUCCCUGGAUUCGGAUCCCGCGAGAUGGCUAUGCUCCGACUUAUGCAACACAUCACGGAGCAGGCUGGGUGGGAUCGUGCGAUACUGGAUUCGGAUGAGACCCAGCUCGCGCAGUGGUUCCGAGAUGCGACAGAAGGACCCGAAGGCUGUCUUAUCAGUACCGCCGCAUGGGACUGGUGCACGGCCGAACUGCGCGACAAAGCGGAGACAGGCAGAGAAUAG